AGUGAGUCAGUUGUCGACUGAAAAGGUUACCACGACAAAAUAUUCAGUAUACAGCUGGGUGACUGUUUUCUCACUGUUAGGAACACUCCGAGUAGAGAACCAGAACAAGCAUAUUGACAAUCAAGGAAAAAACUUACUAAUUAGUUGGUAGUCUCUGCUAAUUAGUAAUUAGUAUCUUGUCACUGGACCGUAUACAGGAAUAAUAUGACUGAAAUGCAGAUAUUUAAAAUUUUGUUGAAAGAAGGUGGUAAUAACAAAACCUUCGAUUACCCAAAACAACAAAAAGACUCGGCAGACAUCAUUGCCAAAAACCUCACAAAUAUUAUAUAUGAUUCACUAAAACAAAAAUCUUCUGCUAGUAAUAUCAAAAGAAGAAAUGUUCUGAAAUUCCUGAAUAUUAUAAGUGAAGUGAAGGAACAACAUUCUAGUGCUGAUGAUUGGAUCCAAACAUGUCUUUCUAAAAUUCGAAAAACCUUUGAAAAUGUAGAAGUAUGUAAACUCCUCAAUGAAUGCAAUGAUGAAUUUCGGUCUUUCAGUUCUAAUACCUUUCCUGAUAACAUGAUUAAAUAUCAUGAAAUGAAAAAUAUCAAACGAAAAAAGAAGAAAAAGUACUUGGACUUCAUAAAAGAAAGGGAUCAACUUCGAUUAAAUUCCAAAUAUGACAUACAGGUUGUGAAGAAAAUUUCUCAUUAUGAAGUAAAUGAAAAUUUGAUCAAGAGCUUUGCCCAACAAACAGACAAAACUUCAAAAAUUGUGAAUACUUUGUUUCCACAGCAAACUGAUAACAGAGAGAAGCAGAUAAAGUUGGCAUAUGCUCUUCUUAAUGUGGAGAAUAGAGCGGAUGGUAUUCUAGAAGGCAUCCUCUUAAGAUUAGCCUCAUAUACAGUAUUGACUAAUUAUGAACAAACUUUCUUACAAAAUCUCUUCGAUACAGGGUACUGUCUUGAUACCAAAAUAGCAGCAUUCAUGGACCGUUUCUUUUUUGUAUUGGAGAAAAUUAUAUUGGAACACGCUACAAAUCUCGUUUGUAAAGAAAACGAACUGGAUGUGUGCCAGUAUUAUGUGAAUCUGGAAGGUGAUUACAAGUUUUUGAGGCUAAGAGAAAUAUGCAGAAAAAAUGAUAUAGUUGGAUUGAAACUGAAUACCUUGAUAUAUGAAUUAUAUUGCAUGAGUUGCUGCAAUGAAAAUAUUCUAAAGUUGAAUGAUUUAAUUUUAUAAAUAUGUGAAGAAAAGAUUAUAUAUUGUUCAUUCGUUACGAUAAUUAUGUGAAACUCAGGUUUGAAUAUGCAGUCAAGUGAUGAACUGAAAAUAUGGCGUAGUAUAAGACAAAAUUUGUUUUCCCACAUCAGACAAGUGGUUUGAAGUUGAUUUAUAUUGAUUCACAAACUUUUUUCCUUUUUUAUAUUGAGUUUAUUCCCUAGGCAUGUGCUUUCUACCUGUUACAACUUGUAAAAAUAAAAACAUUCCUCAACAACGUAGAUCCUGGGGCUAAAAAAUAUAACUGUAAUGGAUAUUCAGUUUGAAGAAAUAUAUUUAUUAAUAUUAUGUUUUUUAAUAAAUACCAUUGGGUUCUCUUUGA